UGAGCUAAAUCUCUGGCCCAGCAUUUUACUUUAUUGCUACAAUUAGAGCCAAAUAUAGCAGAUUUCAGCUUCCCAGUCACUGUAAACAAUACUAUCCAGUUAAAAGGAAAGUUUCCACCAUUCUCUAGCAGAUAUUAUAGAGCUAUUCCCAAAGGUCAGCUCGCUUCUCUACACGAAAUGAACUCUUGACUAUGAAGAGCUGAUAUCCAGAGAAGAUACUCAUUUUUGUCUUCUAAUCACUAAACACUUAACAUUAAAAUUGAGUUUUCGUUGCUAUUUUGAGAAUUAAUUUUUAUGAUAUGAAAUUAUUAGUUUGUAAUUAAUAGAGAAGGCUAAAGAAGCUAAAAGUAAUAUUCCUGAGUAGAAAAUGAAAAUCAGAGUGCCUAAACUGAAGAUAUUCUUUUUCUUUCUUUUUUUUGGAGGGGGGGGGUGGUUUUGAGAUAGUCUCUCGCUGGAUAGUUCAGGUUGGCCUUGAACUCACUAUGUAGCCCAGGCUGGCCUCAAACUCGAAGUGAUCCUCCUGCCUCAGCCUUCCAAGUGCUGGAAUUACAGAUUGAUCAGACAGCUGAUGCAAGUUUUUUGGGCUGGGUUAUUGCUUCAUUUAGUCUUGGCCAGAUGGCAGCUUCACCUUUAUUUGGUUUAUGGUCUAAUUAUAGGCCGAGAAAAGAACCUCUUAUCAUUUCCAUCUUUAUUUCGGUGGCAGCCAACUGCCUCUAUGCUUAUGUCCAUGUUCCAGCUUCUCAUAAUAAAUACUACAUGUUGAUUGCUCGAGGAUUGGUGGGAUUUGGAGCAGGAAAUGUAGCAGUUGUUAGAUCAUAUAUUGCUGGUGCUACUUCCCUUCAGGAAAGAACAAGUUCCAUGGCAAAUACAAGCACAUGUCAAGCAUUGGGUUUUAUUCUAGGUCCAGUUUUUCAGACUUGUUUUGCACUGAUUGGAGAAAAGGGUGUGACAUGGGAUGCGAUUAAGCUGCAGAUAAACAUGUACACUGCACCCGUUUUACUUGGCGCCUUCCUGGGAAUUUUAAAUAUUAUUCUCAUCCUUGCUGUAUUAAGAGAACAUCGUGUGGAUGACUCAGGACGACCAUGUAAAAGUAUUAAUUUUGAAGCAGCAAAUACAGAGGAAGUUCAGAUAUCACAAGGAAAUAUCGAUCAAGUUGCUGUUGUGGCCACCAAUGUUCUUUUUUUUGUGGUUCUGUUUAUUUUUGCCCUUUUUGAAACAAUCCUUACUCCGUUAACAAUGGAUAUGUAUGCUUGGACCCAAGAACAAGCUGUGUUAUACAAUGGAAUCAUACUUGCUGCUCUUGGAGUCGAGGCAGUUAUUGUUUUCACGGGGGUUAAAUUUCUUUCCAGAAUGAUUGGUGAGCGUGCUGUUCUGCUGGGAGGCUUCCUUGUUAUAUGGGCUGGCUUCUUUAUCUUGCUACCUUGGGGAAAUCAGUUUCCCAAUAUACAGUGGAAAGAUUUACAUAAUAAUUCAAUCCCUAAUACCACAUUUGGGGAAAUCAUUAUUGGUCUUUGGAAGUCAUCAAGAGAAGAUCACAAUGAACUACCAACUGGUUGCCCAAUCGAGCAAGCCUGGUGCCUCUACACCCCAGUGAUCCACAUGGCACAGUUCUUCACAUCAGCUGUGUUCAUUGGAAUGGGCUAUCCAGCCUGUAAUGUUAUGUCCUAUACUCUCUAUUCAAAACUUCUGGGACCAAAACCUCAGGGCAUCUACAUGGGCUGGUUAACAGCUUCUGGAAGUGGAGCUCGGAUUCUGGGGCCUGUAUUUAUCAGCCAUGUGUAUAGUUACCUGGGGCCGAGAUGGGCAUUCAGCCUUGUGUGUGGAAUAGUGCUACUCACCGUCACACUCCUGGGAGUGGUAUACAAAAGACUCAUUGCCUUUUCCAUAAGGUAUGGGAGAAUUCAGGAGUCACCCAGCUAAGCCUGUGGUGGAAGUAUGCACUACGUGGCAUUCCCUGGUUUAAAGGCUCUGCUAGACAGUUGGUAUCAACCAGUCUCCAAAGCCAGGCUGUACAUUUGCACAUUUUGAAUAACAAGAACAUAUAUUGAGUAACAGAGGGAAUACAUGUAAUUAUGAAUAUGAUGUAUAAAAACAUUCUGGGCCAUAACUUCUUUAUCUCAAAAAUGAAGUAUUCUAAUACUGCAAUUUUCGAGUUUCAGGAACUAAAGAGCAAAUGGACAAUGAUCUGUGAAUGUGAAGUUGCCCUCUUUAAUACAAACUGCAGUGGGCCGGCUAUUUAGCUCAGUGGUUCUGCCACCUACUUGACAAGCUCAAGGUCCCAAGUUUGAUCCCUGGUACCAAAAAAAAUAAAUAAAUAAAUGCAAACUGCAGCGGUGUCAUUAAAAUAAUGUUACCUAUGCAGUGAAACCAGGAGAGCUGUGUAUGAGUUACAGCAGAAUGAAAGUAUAGAAAAUUUGUUUAAUAUGUUAUUUAUUCAAAGAUGCAUUUUUAUUAUAAAAAUGUAUAUUCUAUUAUCUGGUUUCCUUAUAAAAUAAAAAUCAUGACUCAUAUCCCCAUUUAACCUGCCUACCAUUCUGCCCUGCCUUCUUUAAGUCUCUAUUCUAAUACUGCACUCAUCUUAUUUUAACUUAAGAUCUAACCCCUAAAUUAACAUAUGA